AUGGACAUGGCGUCGAAGACCUACAUCAAGGACCUGUGGCAGCGCGUCGACACGAUGCUCGAAGCGAUCCCGCUUCUGACGCAGACUACGGCGUCCAGGCCACAUCCCAUCGUGGUUCAUUUUGGGCCUGGCUUCCUAGGCCUUGGCUUCACUCCCAGCGCACAUCCCCAUUACCCCGUCAGUAUCCACGACUUUCCUGUCCUUCCGAAUGGAAUGCCAGGAGCAGCAGCGUUCUACAACGAAACCACCAUUGCAGACUCAUCCAAGCUCCAUUCAGGCCAGAUCUUGACGCACAUCAACGAGAUCGACGUGUACAACAUGUCGUACUUGGAGACACUAGACAUGAUUCAAUCCGUGGGGCGACCCGUGCAGCUACGCUUCAUGCACAGGAGCGCAACGUCGUCGCCUCAAGCCGUCCAGCAGAGCCCCAGUCAACCACCAGCGCCACCUAGCGUGGCCUUUCGUGUGUUCAACGCAAUUCAGCACGGUCGGUUCCUCACGUUAUUGGAGCUGCAAACGCAGAUCGAUUUCACGUGGAAAUAUCCAUCGGACCAUCGAAACAUGCUGCACUUUUCCGCACGUUACAAACAAGCAAACGCGACCAAAUGGCUGCUUCGACGAAGUUGUGGCAAGACGUUGGCUCAAGAGCGGAACCUCCACGGGCGGCUGCCGCUACACGAUGCGAUCUCUGGCGGCCAUCUCGACAUCUGCAUGCAAGUACACGAGGCGUAUCCCGAAGCGGUGGCGGCGGGAGAUGACCGAGGCAUAACAUGCGUGCAUCUUGCGGCGGGCCAUGGCCAUCUGGACGUGCUAAAAUGGUUGAUGGCGAUCGGAACCACACCCACGCGGACGAGCCACGAUGGCAAGAGUGGCUUGCACUUUGCAGCGUACCAUGGGCACUUGGAAACGGCAGUGUACUUGAUUCGGGAGUGCCAUGUCGAUCCGACCUUAGUGGACAGCAACCAAUGCACAUGCCUCCACUACGCUGCCAAGCACGGCCAUGUCGAGCUGUGCCAGUGGCUCGUGUUUCACACGCUCGUCUUGCCGACACGUGUCAACGUGCAAGCACAAAUGGCCAAGGAUCUUGUGCCGCCGCAUCACGCCGACUUGCACCAAUUUCUGACAGACGUGAGUGCUUUGCCGCCACCUCCACAUAACAUCGUCGCGACGUCGCUGCCCGAGUUGGGCGCCAUUCAUGUGCAAUGGAGGCAUGACCCCUCGCCGACUGCGCUAGAUUUGAGGUGGACCAAACUACAGCACUUUGAGCUGGAAUUCGCCAAGGGGUUCCUGGGGGCUUGGGACGUCUUUCACGUUCGAUUGGAUGCUUCGGCUACGCAAUGCGUCAUUCCGCACUGCGUUCCCCAGACCGACUACACGUUGCGCCUUCGAGCGGUCAAUGCAAAUGGGUCGUCGUCGUUUGGAAAGGCCUCGGUUCGUACGCUGCACACCGACACGAUCCAAGAGGGAUUCAACCACGUCCAUGUCGUCGAGUUACGGCAUUUGCCGGCGCUUGCGGCGGCCCAACGGCACUACGUCGUGCUCAACGUUGCGCCGGGCAUGUCUUUCAGGAGCAAGCUUGGCACGUUGCAAGAGCGGUUUGCGCUGGACGCGCAGAGCUUUCGCCAUCCAAAGUUUGACUGCCACGUGCCCGUCUUGGAUGUCUUUCCCGUCAUGACGGUCGAUGUGUUUGUGGUGGACAACGCAGCGAUGGCGACGUCGCUCGUCACGUCCUUUUCGUGCAGCCUGUUGCAGUCGGGUGUGCAAUGGAUAAACUUGUCGUUCUCGGAUGAAAUGGAUGGUGGAGAAGCGCUCGUGAUCACGAACGACAUCCCAAUCCCCGUUACGCCAGCACAAGAUCCCUUUGGGUUUUACAUUCCAUCGGGCCAUGCGAAACGCUACGUCGUUGCCCACCAGUUGGAGACGGACUGUUUGGCACCUGCCCGCAUGCGAAGAUGGACCACGACGUUCGACCUAGAUCGAGCGGGCCACCGGUUCAGAUCGACGCUGAUGGGGGAGAUCGGCGCCGACGACGGCCCGCUGGACGACGACGUUCGACGGAGAAUUCAAGAUCUGUCGUGGCAUGGCAUUCCUGACGAGUUUCGAGCGCAGAUUUACUUCAUCGUGAGCGGAGCUUCUGCACUCGCGGCAGCUCAUCCCCCAACGUAUUACACCGACCUCGAGUCCCAAAGCGAUGGGUGUGUCGACAAGGAGCUCGUUCUUGCUGACGUGAGGCGGACGUUUUCUGACCAAGCCGCCAUGGACACGAUCCAAGCUGCGCUGGAACGCGUGCUCUUGGCCUUUGCAGUGCACUGCCGCAGCAUCAGAUACUGCCAGAGCAUGAAUUACAUCGCUGCACGACUUUUGGCCAUCUUACCGGAAGUCCGGGCGUUUUGGGUGUUGGUGGCGCUGUGCGGGCACAAGUUUCUAGCGUAUUACAAGCCAAAUUUAGCUGGAGUCCUUGUCGACGGAUCCGUGUUUGAAGCGUUGCUACAAGCGCGGCUCCCUCGCCUGCACCACCAUUGCCUCGCUCUGAACACGCCUAUGGACAUUUUGGUCGCCCAGUGGCUGCUACCGCUCUUUUGCCAGACGUUUCCGUCGCGAACGACGUAUCGAGUUUUGGAUUGCUUGAUCGCACAGGACGCAGCGUCGGCAGUGUUUGCGCUCGUGCUGGCGCACUUGCGCUUGGCGGCACCGCUGCUCCUGAAAACCAAAGAUUACAUGCAAUUCACCGCCCAGCUGCGGCACGUGGAAGCAGGCAUGUUCGACGUCGAGCACGUGUUCGAGAUGGCGGCGAGGGAAGCCCACAGCCUUGGAGAUCAAGCUGUCUUGCUGCAGCGACAGCGCCACGUUCACUUGGAAUCGCUCGAGGCCGCGACGAGUUCUCUAGAUGCAGCUAAUUCCUAG